GGAGAUGAGGAGAGGACUGACAGACGUGGAGCUGUCCAGCAGCAUCAGAAAGGGCGUCUGAGCACAGGGUCCUCCUACUCGGUGGCCUCGUGCAGUCACCUGCUCUCCCUUCCUUACAGGUGCCACCAUUGACAUGCAGAGAACUUCAAAGACCUAUGACUGCAAAGAGAAUUGGGGCUGCAGGGUUUUAUGGUUCUUCCACACUCCCAACCCUCCUGAUACGAUUUUGGAGCCGGAUAUUUCCCCAGGAAACUGCUGGCCAUUACAAGGGCACCAGGGCCAGGUGGUCAUCAGGUUGCCAGCACGAGUCCAUCUGACUGCUGUCAGUGUGCAGCACACCUACAAAGAGGUCUCUCCAUCUGGGACCGUCACCAGUGCCCCCCGAGACAUCGCUGUCUUUGGAUUGAAUGCAGACAGAGAAGAGGAAACUCUCCUUGGGAUGUUCGUGUACAACGUGGCAAAAGAGGCUAUUCAAACCUUCCCUCUGAAGAACACACACAGAGCCUUUGCGCACAUCAAACUUAUUGUGAAGAGCAACUGGGGAAACACGGCCUACACCUGCAUUUAUCGAGUGCAGGUUCAUGGAAAGAUGGAAGAACAAGAAAACCUCAGCUGAAACCAGACAAGAAAAAGAACACAAGUAAAAAAGAGAAAUGGGGGAGGAGGAAUAAAUGGUUUGUCAGA